UUAUGAUGUUUUAAACAAAGAAGUCCAAUAUAAAAUUUACUGUUGAUUAAAAAUUCUAUACAUCCAUUUAAAAAAAUGUGACUGAUAACAGGUCUGAUAAAGGAUGUUCCUCAAAGAUUCCUGGAAAUAGUUAUAAGGUAUCAAAUAUUCUAAUAAAAGAUGGAAAAAUCCUGUAAUCCAGUACAUAUAACAAAGCAAUCAGAACCUAUCUUAAAAUAAAUUCCUUCUUUAAUAAAUUAAAGGAAAAUAAGUGAUAAUUAACAGCAGGCAAAUAGAACAGAAGUAACAAAAUGUUACAUAGGUAAUUCUCAGCUGAUACAAAAAUUAAUAUAAGAAAAUAUUUAACUAAAAGAAUAAAACUUAGCAAAAGAUUCAAUUAUAAAUUAGUUGAUAACAAAUAAUGACACAUCUUAAGUUAAUUAGUUGAGAGCAAGCACAUCACAAACUGAAAGACAAUGUAAUAAGUUACAAAACUUACAAAACAAGUAAAAAUUAAUACAAAUAUCUAGAUAGAAGAAUUCAUGUAAGAGUAUGGAAGAACUAUCUUCCUUAGGAUUUACAUUUUGUAAUACAGAACAUAAAAAUAACAUAUUAGAAUCUGGAUAAGUCUCUAUAAAAUCAUCAAAAAGUCCUAAUAAAUUACCAAAAGAAUUUUAGAUAAUACCAAGUCAAAAAAAGUAUUUUGUUUGA